UCUCAGUUGCUUUGCAGCAAUCAGUCUGAUCACUCUACCCCGUCUCUCUCUCUCUCUCUCUCUCUCUCACUAUCAACUAUCUCGCACAACAGCCUUUUUCUCACCUCUCUAAAUCUCAAAAUCUUCAAGGUUUUGGAAAAAACUUUGACUCGAAACAAAGUCCGGAAAUUCCAGUCUCAGCAGAAAGAUCAUAAAGCGGCGUAGUUUGGCGAGGCAGGAGUGGAGCAAACCUCCUCUCGUGCUCGUGAUCCUGCUCGAUCGUCUCAAAUUCCUCAGUGACGUCUCAUCUCAUUAUGAAACAACACUUAUUAUCCAAUUUAUCAAUUGCCCACUAAAUUAAUUAUUUAUCAGCCACUCGACCACCACAUUCGCGACCUACCAAAGAGCAGAUAGUGGGUUAUCAAAGCUGCUAAAAUAACCUUAUCAGCCAGAUUCCACUCUCUAACCCUGUGUGCCGUGAUGAGUGGUGAUGCACCCGAGUUGAUGGAGAACAAAGUUGUGUCAGACUCUAAUUACAAUUAAAUUAUAAAAAUACGAGCCCCAGCCUUGCAACACUUGACUUACGAUUAGUAAUGCAAAGUAAAAUAUGUUGUAUCGAGUUGCUUCAUGGUGAACUUUGUGACUUUGACUUAUUAGCCAUCGUUGAAUGGAAUUUUUGAGUCACGCUAUAAAAUUCAGAGGGAAGUACGACGAUCAGCACCGAUUAAUUAUUAUUAUAAUACAAAUUCAGGGCUACGUGCAGUAUAAAGUGCAAUUAAACUUGGAUAAUUAUUCUAUUGUUGAUUAAAAUUGUGUGGAGCUGAACAAUGAAAUCUCGCAAUGCCCGGGUCCCCCGUGUUCAAUCAACUUAUCAUCGAAAUUGCCAGGAAGAAUAAGUAGCAAUACGUUAAAAGGUGGGAGACAUAAGUGGAGGAAAUUACCCAAUCAGUCGGAUUAAUCUCGUCACUCGUGGAUAAUGAUGAUGACCGAGGUGGCUGGAAUGGGAACGGAAACGAGUCCUGCUGCCGGGACAGCGAAGGGGAAAGCCUUCAAUUUGAUGAGACAGCGUUCCUCCUCCGUCGAAGAGGCCGCAAUGGCCACUUUCAUGAAUAAUAACAAUAACAACAACAACUUGGAGGUGGUGAUGGACAACCAGAGUGGUUCUCCACUCCCCCCCAACAACAAUCGAUCUCACCACCAAGAACACCACCCCUUGGCGACCGCGGCCACAGCGGAGAAAGGUGGCGGUGAGGAACACCCCGCCGUAGCAGCUCUCCAAACAGAUAAUGACGACGAGGACAUGGACAUGAAGAAGUCCCCCACGAUGAGAGAAGAGGGUGAGACGAGACAACUCCACCAGCAGGAUUACACUUCGUCUCGAGAAAACUCUCCUUCUGGAAGAACAACGAAAUCCUCGAAUGAUGAGGACAAGCAUCUUGGUCAGCAGAACAGUCGGAGGGAGGAGGACGAGGAGCAGGACGGAGGGAUGAUGAUGGUCUUGGACGAGGAGGACGAGGACGACGGGGGAUUCUCCGACGACGAGGGUGAGAUGCCAGGGCCAAGGGAUGCAGAUGACGAUUCGGACCGAGAUGAACAUCGCAUCAAGCUCAAUGAUGGCAUCACCGUUCGAGAGGCACUCAUGAGUCGGGCUUAUCAAGCAGCGGCGGCCAAAUAUGGACAUGGGGGCAGCAAGUACUCGGCACAGAGACCUAGUUCUGGUGGCGGACAGAGUUCCCCCUCCUCGUCGUCCCCCUCGAUGCCCGCCGGAAUGAACGGGCAUUCUCGCUCCCACGGAGGAGGAGGUCACCACCACCACCACCGGGACCACCACCACCGAGACCACACCCACCUGCACCAGCAGAGCAGCAGGCAUGGCUACACGUCCCACCACCAGCCUCAAAGGCACCCACCAUACCUCUCGGCCGAAGCAGCGGAAAACUUUAUCAAGGCGGAGCGGAGAUCUCAUCCUUCGUCCCCCCUCGACAACUGUGAUCUCAAACCGGAAAGUCUGGCUGGUGGCGGAGGGGACGCUGGUGGAGUGAACGGCUUGGGAAAUGCCCUCCUCAUGUCCCUCGGAGGCCUCGCCGCCCUCCAACAAUCCAUCCCCAACUUCAUGGCCACGAUGGGUCACCACAACUCGGCCCCACUCAACCUCACCCAUUCCAACGCCAGGGACCUCCUCCUCCCUCCACCUCCACACAUGGCGUCGUCCCAGCCACAGAGUCGCAGCUCGCCCCACAGCAACGGGAGCAACAACCCUGCGACCAUGUCCCCCAACUCCCUGAUUGCCAGCGCCAUCGCCAACAUAACGGGUGGGAGUGGUCCCCAGCACCUUCAUCACCAGCAGCAGGGCUCCAUCCCACAACUUAUCCUCGCCUCUGGUCAGAUUUCGCAAGGAAUUCAGGGUGCCCAGCUCCUCAUUCCCACGUCCCAAGGAAUUAUGUCACAAACCGUGCUGACAAUACCAAUCAGCCAACCGGGCAGUCCUCCGACGUCUCUCAGUCCCUCAAUCCCAUCACAACUUCACCACCACGCGACUACCUCAGUUCAUUUGCCCCAAAACCAUGCAGGCAGCAAGCGACACAAUCAUCACAACCACCACCAGCAGCACCAAUUGUCUGGACUUCCGGUCCUGGGCCCUCACCAUCACCGCAGUCUCAACCACCCUCAGUCCCCCCCAAUCGCAUCCGCCCCCACAGCUGCACAACAACAAAGGAGCAGAGAAAGUGCUAGCCCUGACUUUCCACACGACCGGACCCGAAAUCUCAUGGGGUUGGGUUCCCAUGUCGUGGGUCAAACUUUGGGAGGUCACAUGCCCACUAUUCCUGAGAAGGGGACGCUGGACCAUCACGGCGGAGUUUUGAACGGGAUUCGGAACAUGCAUGGGAAGAGGGAGAGGGUCGAUGGUGGGAGCAGUGGGGGGCUAAACCUUGGGGGCAAUUGUGGGUCUGGCUCUUUGUGUCCACCUAAAUCCAGCCCGUGCAGUAUCGGAGACUCCAUUCACGACCAUGACAGCGACAAAUUCUCAGACACGGAGGAUGACCAAAUGGUGGACGGGAUAAAUUUGGACGAGAUCAAAGAGUUCGCCAAGGCGUUUAAGCUACGAAGGCUUUCUCUCGGCCUCACCCAAACACAGGUCGGACAAGCCUUGUCCAUCACCGAAGGGCCAGCCUACAGUCAGAGCGCAAUUUGCAGUGCCCUGGCAAAUUGGCAGCUGGCCCAGUCCCAGUCUUAUCCUCCAUCCAUUCACCAGCAGUCAAUGUUCGAGAAGCUGGACAUCACUCCGAAGAGUGCUCAGAAGAUCAAGCCCGUGUUGGAGAGGUGGAUGAAGGAGGCGGAGGAGCGCUACAAAAAUGGGCACCAAAACCUCAACGAGUUUGUGGGAAUGGAGCCCUCCAAGAAACGGAAGCGGAGAACCUCCUUCACCCCACAAGCUCUGGAAAUCCUCAACAACCACUUUGAGAGAAAUACGCACCCUUCAGGUGCCGAGAUCACCACACUCGCCCACCAACUCGGAUAUGAGAGGGAAGUAAUCCGCAUCUGGUUUUGCAACAAACGUCAGGCUCUGAAGAACACCGUCCGCAUGAUGUCAAAGAGCUCUUCACCCAUGUAAACUGGAGAAAACACCCACAGAAGCUAUUCCUACUUAUACGACUACUACUUAAAUUAGAGUCCGGCAGAAUAAACCAAAACUGCGACCUUACGAGCAUUGGGAUUUGUACUUGUGCGUCUGCACCACUCAAAUGACCAACCUUGCAGAUCAUGAACAAAAUCAAACUUCAAACGGGAAUCGAACAUGAAUCUCUCAUCUCACAUACUUAUUAUCAACAUCAGCAUCAUGAGGAGCUCCCAUAUUCAAUUACCUGAAUGGCCACUCAGGAUAAUUAUCCAGUUUCCACCAAACACAGCAUAUGUUGUGCACACAUACAUACGUCUGAUUUAAAUGCGUCUGGCCAGGAAAUGUUGGAAUUUGAACCUCUUCACAUCAUUCCCCACCACCAGCGUCCAUUCCAUAUCCUUCUUUCAUUACUUUCACUCUAGAAAAUCCCAUGUUGCUGUUGUUCUAAUAAUGAGUCCAUUCUGCUGCUGCUCCUCUUCGAACGUAGAAUAAGUAUGAACCUCCUGGCUCUCCUGUUUCGAACCCACAUCAUAAAAAAAACUAUUUUGACGAGUGGGAGAAAGAAAAACUGACCAUGCAGGGACGGUAAUUAGUGCUGAUUAUGUAUGGCAUGCAUGCUCAUCAAACCUCACCAAGGGCAAGUGUGUUGGACUUGUAAUGAUUUGCUGGUUCAAAUGCGAAAGGACUUGAAGAGCGUCUACAUUACAUGCACACACUCUCGAGUAAAGAUUUCUCUCGUGCUUACGGCUACAUAAUCGUAAGCCAAUUUGGGGGAGAAAUCAAGUAAGUGUACAAGUUCCUGGCUUUCCCAAAUAAUAUGCAGCUCCAUUGUGUCCGAUACCUUUAUACUACUGCUAAGUAUCUCUAAUUACUAUCUUAUUCAUAAUCUACUUACGUACUUCUAGUGAUACACAUAUGCGCACCUGCUUUACAUAUUUAUGUACGUUUAAGCUAAUCACAGCACUCAACCGUAUACGCUAUUUCUUUUUUUUACUUACAUCAUAAGGAAAUAGGUACAGAUCAGUGAAUAAAACUGUAAAUAGUUUGCGCGAGAGUUUUCAGUCAACAAUUUCAAAUAAUUUAUUUACUUUGUAUCACAGAUAUUAUUGUUAUUAUUUAAGCUUUAGAUCAAAUGUGAGCUUUAAAUUUACCGAGCUUUUAUAAAUCAGAGUGGUACAUACAUACAUAAAUAGAAGGAUAAUAUUGUAAAAUAUGUGUAGUACAGUUGUAGUUCAAAUAUUUGCAGGUAGAGCAAGGAGCACUGCGGACACGCAGUAGUAACUCGUAGUCAUAAAUUGAUGAUAUUAUCCAAAGAAGUAAUCGUAAAUUACAAUCGUAUUGUUAGAACCGUAGAAUAUGAUAAGAAAUUAAGAUCACAAAGUUGGUAAGAAUUACGUAAAUGGUUAAAAGGUAUUACUUACAUAUAUUCUAGCUAUUCAAGAAACUAGAUAAGUUACAAAUUACUUGCGAUUAUGAAAAUGUCACAAGCUGAAACUGGAGAGUAAUGUUAAGUAAUAAAAUAAAAAUAACCUGUGUUUGCCCAUACCCAAA